AUGGCCGGUACAUUUUUAUUCACUUCUGAAUCCGUCGGUGAAGGUCACCCAGACAAGAUCUGUGACCAAGUCUCCGACGCCAUCUUGGACGCUUGUUUGGCCGAGGACCCUCACUCCAGAGUUGCGUGUGAAACCGCUGCUAAGACCGGUAUGAUCAUGGUCUUCGGUGAAAUCACCACCAAGGCGCAACUGGACUACCAGAAGAUCGUCAGAGACACCAUCCAAAAGAUCGGUUACGACGACUCCGCCAAGGGGUUCGACUACAAGACCUGUAACGUUCUUGUCGCCAUCGAACAGCAGUCUCCGGACAUUGCCCAAGGUGUGCACGAAGAGAAGGACCUGGAAGACAUCGGUGCCGGUGACCAAGGUAUCAUGUUUGGCUACGCCACCGAUGAGACCCCAGAAGGUCUACCCUUGACCAUUCUGUUGGCCCACAAGCUGAACAUGGUCAUGGCCGACGCUAGAAGAGACGGCUCCUUGCCAUGGUUGAGACCAGACACCAAGACGCAAGUCACCGUCGAGUACAAGGACGACCACGGCAGAUGGGUCCCACAAAGAAUCGACACCGUCGUCGUUUCCGCCCAACACGCCGAUGACAUCUCCACCGAGGACMUAAGAGCCCAAUUGAAGUCCGAGGUCAUCGAAAAAGUCAUCCCAAGCGACAUGUUGGACGAAAACACCAAGUACUUCAUCCAACCCUCCGGUAGAUUCGUUAUCGGUGGUCCUCAGGGUGAUGCUGGUUUGACCGGUAGAAAAAUCAUCGUCGAUGCCUACGGUGGUGCCUCCUCCGUCGGUGGUGGUGCCUUUUCUGGUAAGGACUACUCCAAGGUCGACCGUUCCGCCGCUUACGCUGCUAGAUGGGUCGCCAAGUCUCUGCUUGCCGCCGGUCUGUGUAAGAGAGUUCAAGUCCAAUUCUCCUACGCCAUCGGUAUUGCCGAGCCAUUGUCCUUGCACGUCGACACCUACGGUACUGCUACCAAGUCCGACGAGGAAAUCAUCGCCAUCAUCAAGAAGAACUUCGACUUGAGACCUGGUGUAUUGGUCAAGGAAUUGGACUUGGCCAGACCAAUCUACUUGCCAACCGCUUCUUACGGUCAUUUCACCAACCAAGAAUACCCAUGGGAAAAGCCAAAGACCUUGAAAUUCUAA